GGUGUUCUGUUGUCUGCAGGUAUUUCUGAACAGACUGACAAAUGACAGCUUCUCAGUGAAGAAAUCUGCUGUGAACACACGUCCGACUCAGAGCUCUUUUAUCACACAAAUACACAGAAGCCAUCAUGACUUCCAAGAUGGUCAUCAGGCAGCCUCAGCCUGUGAUGGAGGCUCGAGAAUCCGAUGAGUGGGGAUCAGGGAUAUGUGACUGCUGUGAUAACGUGCCUGAGUGUUGUUUCGCUUUCUGGUGCUGUCCCUGCUUUGCCUGUAAGACUACCAAAAAGUACGGCCAGUGUCUCUGUCUCCCUCUGCUGGACAUCUUCGGCUGCAUCCCUCCCAUCACCAUGGCCAUGAGGGUCUCCAUGCGGCAGCGCUACGGCAUCAAAGAUACCAUGUGUAGGGACUGUGUGUUUGCGACCUGCUGUACGUCCUGCAGCUGGUGUCAGAUGGCCAGAGAGAUGAGGAGAAGAAACAUCAAAGUCGUUCUAGUCAGUGCCAAGAACACAUGACCCCAUCGCCUAACUCAUCACCACCAUCGGGGGCUGUCACGUACGAAACAACCUGCUUCGGCUUCUACCACCAUGUCAGAACUACGCUGUCGGCUGAAGCCAAGACAAGCGAUUGAAAAAGCGACUGAAAAACUGUAAGUUACUGCUGGUUACAUGCAGCAGUAACUUUCCACUGAUGUACAGGCUGCCCUUCAUGAGCAUCUAUUAACUAAUGACUUAAGGAUUCUUCUAUUUUAAAAGUUUAAAUGUAAUUUUCUUGUAUUUUGUUUAACUUUUGGUUCUGUAAUCACACACAACAUGGGUUUUUAUCAAGCAACCUGCUUUACAGAUUUAUAUUAUUAUUAUUCUACUACUACUACUACUACUACUACUACUACUAAUGAUAAUAAUAUCUGGCAAUAUUACAAUUUAUUAAAGGGACAUUUCACAGUUUAGCAAGAAAACUUAAAUUGGUCCAUAGCCAUACAGGAUACAACAAUUGAUAGUUGUAUAUUUUUAAUUGUAGUAUAUGUGCACAUUUACUUUUUUAAUAUUGUUUUGUUUGUUUUUAAUUCAUGUCUGCAAAUGUCAUGUUUAAAAACUGUCAUAAAUUAUUGAUUUAUUGUCAAUAAAAUCAA